AUGCGGAGCAUUCUGCUUGUCCUUGCCGGUGCUGCAUCCCUGGCUCUGGCCAGCGAGGCAAACACUGUCGAAGCGAGAGGUCCACGUGAACCUGCUGGGGUUGCCCGCUGGGAUUGCAAUCCCCCAGAAUUCCUAUCCGCAUUUGGUGAUACUCUUAAUCUGCAAAUCAAUCAGCUUGAGAAGUCUAGUCAGACAUUUAGCGUCCCUGGGAAGCCAUCAAACAAGCCAUUCUCAACCGUUUGGGUGGCCUGUCAGGAUCUGCCCGCAAUCUCUAUUCUCAAUGAGUCUCCCAAAGGAUUCAAAAUCAGUGCCGAACAGGUUGCCGAAUUGGCAACUUUCCUUAGGGAUGGAACUGGCUGCACACAAAACGAGCCGGGUCUGGAUGGUAGCCACCCGGAGAACAUGACCAAGGGUCAGCUAUAUAUGACGGACGGAUGGAGUCUCGUCAUCCAAGCCCCCGACUCCUGCCCGAAAUAA